AUGGCUGCUGUGCUGCGCCGCCCGGAGCCUUGGAACCGCGUGUCAAUCCCAAAGGCUGGGAACCGCAGCGCGGUGACUGUGCUGGAUCCCUGCGCGGCCCUGGACCUUUGUAUUGCAGCUGUACUUAGAGAAUGCUGGCUUGUUACCCUGUCACUGAAGAGCCAGACCUUAGAUGCAGAAACAGAUGUGCUGUGUGCAGUCCUUUACAGCAAUCACAACAGAAUGGGCCGCCACAAGCCCCAUUUGGCCCUCAAACAGGUUGAACAGUGUUUAAAACGUUUGAAAAACAUGAAUUUGGAGAGUUCAAUUCAGGAUCUGUCUGAGUUGUUUUCUUUCAAGGUUCUCUAUAAAGGUGUUUUAAAAAGGCUGAUUUCUUUAUAUGAGCCAUUGUUUGGAUUGCUUCAGGAGGUCUCAAGGAUUCACCCAUUGCCUUACUUCAAAGAUUUUACCUUUCCUUCUGAUAUUGUUGAAUUUUUAGGACAGUCUUAUUUAGAGGUCUUUAAGAAAAAAAUGCCUACAGCUUUUGCAGCUAAGGGAGUAACUAAAUUGCUAAAUAAACUGUUCUCAACAAAAGAACGAUCACUGAGGUGCAGUGAAGAAACUUCACAUAGGAGUUCCAAUAAAGCUAAUCAAAUGAAGAUCAAUGUACAGAAUAAUGUGGAUCUUGGAGAGCCAGUAAAGAAUAAGAAAAUCUUCAAAGAUAAUAUGCUUUGA